AUGUGUGCAUGUGUGCGUGUGUGCGUGUGUGCGUGUGGGUGUGUGUGUGUGUGUGUGUGUUCCAGUCCAGCAGGGUGUGGUGUAUAGAGUGUGCAGUGGGGACGGACGCUGGGCCCCAAAGAACACCAGUGAGUGUGAGCAGGACGACCCAGGACAGCAGCACUAUGGUAGCAUCCUCAGUAAGUUCCGGGCCAUGUACACAGUGGGCUACUCCCUCUCCCUCGGAGCCCUGGUAUUGGCUUUGGGCAUCCUGGUCUCAUUCAGGAAGCUCCACUGUAUGAGGAACAACAUCCAUAUGAAUCUGUUUUCCUCCUUCAUCCUGCGUGCUGUCUCCAUCCUGAUUAAAGAUGUCCUGCUAGACUCCCUGUCCGUCCCCCUGGCCACCGGGGCUGACACCCACCAUCAGACGGUUGCCGGGUGCCGUAUCGCCAUGGUGAUGAUGCAGUACAGCGUCAUCGCCAACAACUAUUGGCUGCUGGUGGAAGGCAUCUACCUGCACAGCCUCCUGGUCAUCACCGUGUUCACUGAGAGAAACUACUUCUGCAUCUACCUGUUUAUCGGCUGGGGUGCUCCUCUGAUAUUCGUGUUGCCGUGGGUGAUAGUCAAAUACCUGUACGAGAAUGAAGAGUGCUGGGAGAGGAACAUCAACAUGGGUUACUGGUGGAUUAUACGUUCUCCCAUCCUGUUAGCUUACCUGAUGAAUUUCUUUAUCUUCAUCCGGAUUAUAAAGAUCCUGAUGUCGAAGCUCAAGGCCCAUCAGAUGAGAUACACAGAUUACAAGUUCAGGCUGGCUAAAUCCACUCUGACCCUCAUCCCUCUGCUGGGUAUUCACGCCAUCCUCUUCACCUUAGUCAUCGAUGAGUCCGUCCCCAAAGGUUCCAAGAUGCGUCUCAUCCGCCUCUUCUAUGACCUCCUCUUCAACUCCUUCCAGGGCCUACUGGUGGCCAUCUUGUAUUGUUUCGUCAACAAAGAGGUCCAGUCUGAGAUGUUGAAAAAGUGGAAGAGAUGGAAGCUGGGUAAAGACAUCGAGGAAGAGUACCGUCAUACAUACAGCCACACGCCUCACGUCAAGAGCGGCAGCAUCGUCACCGGCAACCUGGCCGGUGUCCAAGACAACGGCAGCGACCCUAAAGACUCACAGUUAACCCCCAACCCCGACUACGACCCAGAUCCUAUCCCUGCCUCAACCUCCAUCACCCCCAAUGAGAGCAGUAGAUUGGUGGGGUCCUGCCACAACAGGACGGAUAAAGCAAAGACUCCAUCCUGCCUGCAGUGUCCCUCCACACCACACGGUGGCACUAACAACUGCAGCACUCUGAUGGAGGACGUUUGUCUGGUGGAGAGGGCGCAGAGUUAUACACGCCCAGAGGAGGGCGCCGAAAGCAACUUCUGACCAACGGGGGAAGACCAUCCCCGGCCUAUGGAUUGAUUGGUUGAUUGAUAGAUAGAUUGCUAAAGUGUUCUGGUGUAGAAAGAGACAACACACCUACUGGAGGGGACCGUUAAUGCACUGCAGGUCCAGAUCCUAUGGAUUGAUUGAUUGAUUGGUUGAUUGAUUGGUUGGUUGAUUGAUUGGUUGGUUGAUUGAUUGAUUGGUUGACUGCAGGUACAGAAGGCUCGAUAGUCUAAAAUAUGAAAUAUUUUACUGUUUCUUUCUCUGUGACCAUAUUUUGACCACACGGGAUGGACCACGUUCCCCACUGUGUUCAGGACCUCAAGGAAAUCUCUUCGUUGACCACAAACAUCACGGUUGACGAGAACUACUGCUAAAGGAAAACUAGCAGGCCUGCUAGCUGUGUCCAUGUGUACGACCGCCAACCAAACGCUACCCUCGCUCAACAACUCCCUGGCUGUGCUCCGAUUCUCCUCCCUUUUCUAGAAGUGUGCACUAGCACCCCCGUCAAUCAUUUAAAGCAUAGGAUUGGUGUAGGUUCACAUUGGCUGGAGGUAUUUACCCACCGUUUUCAAAUUCAUGUGAGAAAGUGUGUAAGUACACACCGUGUGUCCCUGUUCUCUACUGCUACUGAGGCCCAAACGGAGCCCUAUUCCCUAUCUAGUGCACUACUUUAGACCAGAACCCUAUUCCCUAUAUAGUGCACUACUUUAGACCAGAGCCCUAUUCCCUAUAUAGUGCACU